CAACACAGCAAGCCCACCAUGGCGCUCGUAUCCUACUCCGACUCCGAGAAUUCCGACUCAGAACCCGAGACCACCCCCGUCUCGCAGCCAAAGACGCAAAAACCGACCCCGGCUCCCGCAGCACCCUCCGCCGGCGGCGCAUCCUUCCCAUCCAUCGUUGAUCGCAGCAACCCGCGCAAAAUCCGCGUGGCCCUGCCCGAAAUCAAGUCCGAGAAACCCAACGAUCAGGACGGCGACGAUGGUCCUGCGCGCAAGAAACCCAGGAUAGGCGGUGGAGGGGGACUGUUUUCGGGGUUUAAUUCUUUCCUACCAGCGCCGAAGCGGAACCCGGCUGCGGAGAAGGAGAAAAACGCGAAGGCCGCGUCGGUGCGGAAGGUCUUUAGUUUGAAGACGGGGGCUGCGCCGGGGUUUGAUCGCGAGGCUGAUGCGGAAAUGCGGAGGGAUCAGGCUUUCGACUUAGUGACUGGUGGCGGUGGUGAGAAUGACGAUGAGACGAUACCCAAGGCUGGGAGUCUUAAGACGGAGGAAUUUGGCGAGACGCAGACCAAUACAGAGUAUAAGGGGGAGGAGGGUGUGAAGGAAAAGCCGGUGGAGGUGAAAUUGAAGGGCAACCCGAUGAUGUUCAAACCGUUGUCGGUGGGACGAACGCAGCAGAAGAAAAAGAAAGCACCUGCGACGACGACUGCUACCACGAAUACGACGAGCACGACUACUAGUACGACUUCCUCGCCUGCUGUCGAUGCGCCAAAAGAACAGGCACCACCUCCCCCUGCUGCGCCCAAACCGAAACCGAAAGUCAGCCUUUUCUCGCUGUCAUCGGCUGAGCCAGACGCAGCUGCUCCUCCUGCCCAAACGACAAGCACCACCUACGAGCCACUAGUAUACAGUGCCCCCUCAGAAGCCCCUACAGCUGGACCGACGGCGCCAGAAUCCGAGUUAACAUCCGCGGGCGUAGCGACAGGGCCGGCCGAAACAUUGGAUAACAUCGCCGACGAUCUCAAUUUGUCGCGCGCCCAAAGACGGCAACUAUUUGGUCGCAAUGCCGACUCGUCCAAGUCUCGAGUCCUCCAUUUCAACACGGACAAGGAGUACAUUGCCAACCAAGAGAUGGCGCACAAUACAGAUCUUGCGGCGGUCCAGCACAACCCGGUGCGUCCGAUUGCGCCAGGAAAACACAGUUUGCAGCAGCUGGUCAAUGCAGCAAGCAACCAGCGGGAGGCUUUGGAGGAGAGUUUUGCCUCUGGACGGAGGAACAAGCAGGAGGCUGGGUCCAAGUACGGAUGGUGA